CAAACCUCUGCAAUUAUGAAAUGAACGAUUAAAGAAAAGGAAAGUACAGUGGUUGGUGUAAAUUGACGAAAAAAGAGUGUCUAAACGGCGACAGGAAAGACAAGAGAAAGUGGCAGGGGACUCGUGGACACAGUCCAGCUCUGAUGCGUGGAAGCAGGUUGCUGACGCAGAAAUGGCGAAAUCGCUUCUCUAACCUAUUUACUCCUCUGUCUCUGUAAACCCUAUCUUCUUCCUUUUACAGAUCUCCUCGCGAUUUAGCUCAUUGUUCUCAUUGAGAUAGCGAAUGUCGAUGGAGGUGACGAAGCUGUUGUACAUAGUAGUAGUAGACGAUGAUGCGGGGAAGAAGGAGAAAGACUCGUUUCGGUACACGCGCUCGGUUCUGCAGAGUACUCUGCAGCUCAUGGGAUGUAAAGCGAGACACGCGUUUAAGAUUAGCCAAAGGGUUUUGGAGAAGAUGAAAAGCAAGGAUAUGAGCAAUUAUUUGGUUUCAGCUUGUACAGACAAAUUGGAGCAGUGUAGUGUAAAUGAACUUCUACAGGAAGAAAAGUGUCAUACUAAGAGUGAACCAUUCGAGUUGUAUAAAAAACGCACAACUGUUGUUGUCAGAAGAAAAAUCUUUCUAGAUGUUGUUUGUGAUGCUCUCACUGAAUAUAAGUAUGUGGGUCCUAAUCAGAGGGCUGAUCUCACUUUAGCUUGCAAAAUCCGAGAAAGGAAGGAAUCUGUCACCAUACUCCUUUGUGGGACUAGUGGCUGUGGCAAAUCUACUUUGUCUGCGCUACUGGGAAGCAGGCUCGGAAUCACUAAUGUAAUAUCUACAGACUCAAUUAGGCAUAUGAUGAGGAGCUUUGUGAAUGAAAAGCAAAAUCCUUUACUCUGGGCUUCAACUUAUCAUGCUGGGGAAUAUUUGGAUCCGAUAGCAGUUGCUGAGGCGAAGGCCAAACGGAAAGCAAAGAAGUUAGCAGGAUAUUCAACCACACAACUACAAAAGAAUGAUGGUUUCAAUCAUUCGACAAAUAAAAAGUAUCAUGCAGAAGGAAGUUCUAGUGCCUUCGAUUUAAUCAGUCCAAAACAAAUGGCGAUUGAAGGGUUUAAAGCACAGAGUGAGAUGGUUAUUGAUAGUCUUGACAGAUUAAUUACUGCAUGGGAGGAGAGGAAAGAAUCAGUUGUUGUGGAGGGCGUUCAUUUGAGCCUUAAUUUUGUGAUGGGACUAAUGAAGAAGCAUCCAUCAAUCAUACCCUUCAUGGUGUUUAUCUCAAAUGAAGAAAAGCACUUGGAGCGCUUCGCUGUCCGUGCAAAAUACAUGACUCUAGAUCCUGCUAAAAACAAGUAUGUCAAAUAUAUACGCAACAUCAGGACUAUUCAAGAGUAUCUGUGCAACCGUGCUGACAAGCAUCUCGUUCCAAAGAUCAACAACACAAAUGUUGACAGAAGUGUCGCUUCCAUUCACGCCACUGUGUUUGGCUGCCUACGGAGACGAGAUGUAGGAGAGAAGCUUUAUGAUCCCAUGACAAACACAGUUCCUGUUGUUGACGAAGAAUACAGGAAUCAGUGUGCUGCCAAUUCCUUGAGCUCCAAGGGUAUGUUUCAACUCAUUCAAAGAAAAGGCUCUUCGAGGCAUUUGAUGGCUCUUUUCAAUAAUGAUGGGUCGGUGGCAAAGGCUUGGCCUAUGGAUUCAGUAGAUACCAAUGGUAAACCCACUAGGACUGGGAUGUCUAUGUAUGAACCCUUGCAGAUUGGGAAGGCUGAACCUGUGAAUCUGCAGUUUGGUCACUUUGGGAUCAGCGCUUGGCUUAAUGAGACUGGUUGCACAAGUCAUGCGAGCAGCGUGGAUGAAUCAAAGGGUGACUUGACAGACAACGGGAGUAGGUAUUAUUCUUCAUGUUGUAGUUCGCCGAAGUUUCUUGAAGGACUAUCCAAGGAUUCCAAAGAACUUAAGGAAGAGCAAUCUGUGCAUGGUAGUGAUGAAGAACUAUCUGAGCCAUCUGAAAUGGACAGUGACGAGGAUUCAAGCGACGAUAGUUCAAAACAUUUUCAUGAAGAGCUGGAAGGGUCAGUGGAUGAAGAGUAUACCAAAUCAGAUGAGGAGUAUGAUGAUCUUGCAAUGCUGGACGGACAGCAGAAUGGUUAUGCUCCUGACAAUAAUGAUAAAUUUAAGAAUAGCUUCCAUCCGAGUGACAAAGUGGUCCCAGUUUCGGGGGACCAGGAGGAAACUAACAACCUUACAGAAAUACAAAAAGAGAACACCCGUAGCUUCUUGAGGACCAAGAGUGAGACAUAUUCGAUGCCACUGCCAAGCUGCAACUCAUCUUUUCAUGAAGAGAACGAGAAGAGGGCCCCGUUUCAUGGAAACAUAAGGAUUAAGAAGCGGUCUCUGAGUAUUCCGUCCCUCGGCAAACAUGGAUCACUGUUAUUCAACAAUCACCCCCUUCCCAGUGACUUUUCCAGGUAGAGAGGCCUCAUCUAUGUUUAGGUGUUACCUCUUUCGUUUGUGUGUGUAUAUACAAAGUUAAUUUCUCCCACAUUUUUGUCGUUGAGUCAGCUUUAACCUCAUCCAUGGUGUAUUUGUGCAAGAGCAAAUGGUGUGAUUUUUCCUGGAUCCAUAAUACUCCGUACAUGUUUCAUGAAGAUUUUUUUUCACUUGCCGCCCUCGUUAUAGGCCCGAACAGUGACAACUGACAAUUCAAGUCUAACUUUUCAUGUACAUGAAGUGGUAAUUUUCCCAAGCAAAUAAGAGAGUUGAUUUUAAAAGAUAUCAAAAUUCAAGUAAAAUUCAUGAGGCGUCGAGAUGAAAGCGGUUUUAGUCAAAGUAUACAGUAUACAGCAAUACAGCAUAAAGGCUCUCUUCUGUUGCACUUAGAUGGUCGGCAUUGGGUAUUUGGGUCCGGUCCCUGCAUUCUUUCCUUGAAACCGAAAGUAUGAAAAUUGCACAGAUACAUGCAAUUUGAAAAAGUACACAUAUUUAAAUUAAUUAAUUAAUUAAAUAUUCGAAUUUUAUUGAAAACAUAUUGUGGCAAUGUGGCUACAAAUAUCAAAAUUUCGCAAGAGUGCAUUAGUAUAGUAAUAAUUUUAAGGGAAAAGGGUCAAAUAGACCCUCGAACUAACUUAAAAAAUGCAAAUCAUCACUUAUAUAGGAGGUUCUGUCUGGCCGUCUCCUUUUGAGGUGGUUUUUGGUGGAUUUUUUUGAUGAUUUUUUUUG